AUGCCUUCGGAACAAGGACACCGCCUCUACGUCAAGGGACGUCACCUGAGCUUCCAGCGCUCCAAGCACGCCCUUACCCCCAACACCAGCUUGGUCAAGAUCGAGGGUGUUGAUGACACCAAGUCCGCCAAGUUCUACCUUGGCAAGAAGGUCGCUUUCGUUUACCGUGCUAAGCGUGAGGUCCGCGGCUCCAACAUUCGGGUGAUCUGGGGCAAGGUCACCCGGCCGCACGGCAACUCCGGUGUUGUGCGCGCCAAGUUCCGCAACAACCUCCCCCCCAAGUCCCUCGGCGCUACCGUCCGCGUUAUGCUCUACCCCUCCAACAUCUAA